AUGACUUUCUUACGGAUUUGUGCAGAGUGGAAAAACUGGACGCUGCUCGUUUUCCAUCUCCUUUGUCUUUUCACAGUUGGCAAAAGCUUGCUUUCGAAUAAAGGUGCUGACAGUGCAGAAUCUCAUCGGGAGGAGUCGGCUUUACUCCGAUUUCUCAAUUUACCUCAGCAUACAGAAUAUGAGAUUGUAUCUCCGUAUGAGGUCAACCACCAAGGUACUUAUAUCUCUCAUGAAGUUGCCCACCACCAGCGCAGAAGACAACGCAGAUCCCUGACCCCAGAUGCAGGCUCAUCAAACACUGAUGGCAGCAGUGAAACGGUCCACUUCCGGCUAAGUGGCUUGGGGCAGGACUUCCACAUGGAGUUGAGGGAGGCCUCGGAGAGCCUGAUUGCACCUGGCUUUACCAUCCAGGUCCUGGGAAAGAACGGCACCAAGAGCCUGAGGGCCUACCACCAGGACGACCUCUGCUUUUACCAGGGGUCGCUGAGGUCGAGGGUCAACUCCUCAGUGGCACUGUCAACAUGCACGGGGAUGUCAGGUUUGAUCAGAACGCAGGAUACGGACUACUUCCUGAGACCAGUGUCCCUCAGCCUCGCCCAGAGAGAGAACUUCACAGCACCCUCCGGUCACCAGCCACACAUCCUCUACAAGAGUGUGAGGGAUUUUCAGACAGAGCAGAGAGGUCAUCAGCCUCGGGUGCUUCAGAAGCGAUCCACAGAUUUAUCUCCUCGCAAAUCAAACAGACACUCUGUCACCAAGAGAUCCAUAAAUUCACCCACGGACCCCACCACCAGCACAGUUACUGAAGAUCACCACAGGGGCCAGCAAAAACAACAAAGGCACAGCCACGAUUAUCAUCAUGACAGUGAUAACAACAAUAGUCAUGAUGACCAAACGGAGCAUCAUGGCAGUGGCCAUCACCGCAACAGCCAUCGCCAUGACAGCGACUACAAACAUGGGGAGAGGCAGAGACAACACUUCUGCGGGAGACGGAAGAAAUACAUGCCCAAACCUCCAGAAGAGGAUGUUUUUAUCCUCCCAGAUGAGUACAAGUUCAUCCCCAGGAACAAAAGGGCAGUGCUAAUGAAGAACCAGCCCAAUCAGAAACUCAACGUGGAGACGCUGGUGGUGGUGGACAGAAAGAUGAUGGACAACCACGGCCAUGAGAACAUAACCACAUAUGUUCUUACUGUGCUAAAUAUGGUCUCCAGUCUCUUCAAAGAUGGCACAAUAGGGGGGAACAUCAACAUAGUGAUUGUGGGCCUCGUGCUUCUGGAUGAAGAGCAGGAUGGCUUAGUGAUCAACCACCAUGCAGACCACACACUGAACAGCUUCUGCCACUGGCAGUCAACUCUGGGAGGCAGAGAGGGACGCCGCCACGACCACGCCAUCCUCCUCACAGGACUCGACAUCUGCUCUUGGAAAAAUGAACCCUGUGACACUCUUGGGUUUGCUCCAAUUAGUGGGAUGUGCAGCAAGUACCGGAGUUGUACCAUUAAUGAAGACACAGGCCUAGGUCUGGCCUUCACCAUUGCCCAUGAAUCCGGACACAAUUUUGGAAUGGUCCAUGACGGUGAGGGUAAUGUUUGUAAGAAGUCAGAGGGCAACAUAAUGUCCCCCACAUUAGCCGGUCACAAUGGUAUCUUCUCCUGGUCUGCCUGCAGCCGCCAGUACCUCAGCCGUUUCCUCAACUCUGCUCAGGCUCUGUGCCUAUCAGAUGAACCCAGAGCAGUCAAGGAGUAUCCAUACCCUGAGAAGCUGCCUGGCGAGCUGUACGAUGCAGACACACAGUGCAAAUGGCAGUUUGGGGAGAAGGCCAAACUCUGCACCCUUGAUUUUAAGAAGGACAUUUGCAAGGCUCUGUGGUGCCACCGUGUUGGGAGGAAGUGUGAGACCAAAUUCAUGCCAGCUGCAGAAGGCUCUGCCUGCGGUCCUGAUAUGUGGUGUCGUAGGGGCCAGUGUGUGAAACAGGGUGACGAGGGCCCGAGGCCUCAGCAUGGCCAGUGGUCAGAGUGGUCAUCCUGGUCUGCCUGCUCACGGAGCUGCGAGAGCGGUGUCACUUAUCGAGAGAGGCAGUGCAGCAACCCCAGACCCGCAUAUGGAGGGAAGUUCUGUGAGGGCUCCUCCAGGUCGUACAAACUUUGUAACACUGAGGAUUGUCCACCCAACACCGUUGAUUACAGAGCGCAACAGUGUGCUGAAUUCAACAGCAAACAGUUCAGAGGAUGGUACUACACCUGGAGACCAUACACGAGAGUGGAUGAUCAAGAUGUAUGUAAGCUGUACUGCUUUGCUGAAGGCUAUGAUUUCUUCUUUGCCUUGGCCAGUAAAGUUAAGGAUGGGACACUCUGCUCACAGGACAGCUCUAACGUCUGUAUUGAUGGACUGUGUGAGAGAGUGGGCUGCGAUCGUGUGUUGGGCUCCACAGCUGUGCCUGAUGCUUGUGGGGUGUGUAAAGGAGACAACACCACCUGCAAGAUCUACAAAGGACAGUACACCAAGCAGCAUUAUACUAAUCAGUACUAUGGGGUGGUAACCAUCCCAGCAGGGGCUCGGAGUAUCCGUGUGGUCGAGCUGAAUACAUCAAGCUCAUACCUGGCUGUCAGGGACACCCAGAGACGUUACUACCUGAACGGACACUGGACAGUGGACUGGCCAGGUCGACACCCCAUCGCUGGAGCCAUUUUUGAAUAUAAGAGACCCUAUAACAGACCAGAGAGCCUCUUAUCAACUGGCCCCACCAAUGAGACACUGGUCAUAGAGAUAUUGUUACAGGGCUGGAACCCAGGUGUGCGCUGGGAAUACACUCUGAAGAAAGCUGAUGAGAAAAAGAAUCACAUCAAACACAAUUAUACAUGGGCCAUCAUACGCUCCCAGUGCUCAGCAACUUGUGCUGGAGGCCAGAUGAACACCAAGUCAGCGUGUUACAAAGACUUGAGAGUGCAGGUGAACACAUCCUACUGCAACCCCAGAUCAAGACCAGCUACUGGACUGAUGCCCUGCAACACCCAACCGUGUCCUGCCAGCUGGUCUGUAGGAGAGUGGGGGGGAUGCAGUCGGAGCUGUGGAGGAGGAGAGCAGAUGCGGCAGGUCCAGUGUGUCCAGAGAACCAGCCAAGCCAACGUAGACGCCCUGGCUGACUCUCACUGUCCCCAGCCCACCCCAGCCAGGAGGCAAGCCUGCAACUCACAUAGCUGUCCACCAGUUUGGACCACUGGGCCAUGGUCACAGUGUUCUCGUAAGUGUGGCAACGGCCUGAGGAAGAGGACGGUGCUGUGUACAAGCGCCAACCCAGGUGCCCAGACACACACACUGCCAGACAGUGCGUGUGCAGGCCUGCCGAAACCUGCCGGUCAAGAAUCCUGCUUCAUUAGACGCUGCCAGAAACAACGAAAAGUCCAGUGGUUUGUCUCCACGUGGCAAGAGUGUUCAGUAACAUGUGGUCGUGGCUAUCAGGCACGCUUCAUUAAAUGUGCAGAGAAGGACACUGCAGGAAAAUACAGAGAGCUUGCUGCCAAGAAGUGCCACCAUGUUCCCAAGCCCACAGUAGAGCUCCAGAGGCCCUGCAUCGUGGCUGAGUGCCCUGUCCGUACUACACCACCAGUCCACCGAUGGAGCACACAUCAUCGCACCUAUCCACCUCAGCCACUCCCUCAACCUCCGCCUCGACCAGAGUGGCACUCAUCUCCUUGGUCUCAGUGCACGGUGACAUGUGGAGGAGGAGUGCAGGUCAGAACGGUCCAGUGUCUGGCUCAGGGGAAGCCCUCUCCUGGUUGUGCACUCCAUCUUAAACCCUCAAUGUCCCAGGCCUGCAACACCAACUUCUGCCCACAACCUGAGAAGAAAGACCUUGCGUGUAGGGAUUACUUCAACUGGUGUUACCUGGUGCCCCAGCAUGGAGUUUGCAACCACAAGUUCUAUGGCAAGCAGUGCUGCCAGUCCUGUUCCAAUUCAAACCUAUAAUCAUACGAAGUGACUGUGUCUGUGUCACAGACAGAUAGGUAGUUAGAUAGACAAAAGACUAUAUUUGACUUCCAUGCUUGAAAAGACAGUGUUUUUUGCUUUAAGCGUGUGGCGAGCACUGAAAAACAUAGGACAUUUCAAUGGAAGUGCAAGAGAGUUUGCAGUGCCCUUCCUUCUCCCUUCGAUGCCGGACAUCUGGAUACAAGAACUAGACGGUGACAGCACUACACAGGAAUGUGAUCAGGACAGUACAAAUAAAGGACAGAAUUAUGAGGAGGAACGAGCAAAAUGGGAAUCUUGAUUAAAGAGAAUAGGACUGACGUGUCCAAAAGAAACUGAAAACCUGAAAAUUCCCAGCUUUGUUUAUGUACUAUAUGUGACUGAACAGAUCUGUACCCGGAACACCCAGCAUCUCCCAGUCAACCAAGAGCCAAUGAUGGCAAC